AUGUCUCUAGAUCGUGUCGAUUGGCCGCACGCCACCUUCUCUACCCCAGUGAAGCGUAUCUUCGAUACGCAGACAACGCUGGACUUCCAAUCGUCGCUAGCCAUUCACAGGAUCAAGUACCAUUUGCACAAAUACAUUACGUUAAUAUCGCAUUGUCCGGAGCCUGACCCACACGCAGCUGCCUCGCCGAUCCCCAUGGUCAACGGGCUGAUGGAAGUGUUGGAUAAGCUUGCCCAUCUGAUCGACGAGACACCGCCUCUUCCUGGUCCCAGAAGAUAUGGUAAUCUAGCGUGUCGCGAAUGGCACCAUAAGCUGGAUGAACGGCUGCCCCAGUGGCUGCAGGAAAUGCUGCCCUCAGAAUACCAUGUGGUGGUGCCUGAAUUGCAGUAUUAUUUGGGUAACAGCUUUGGUUCAUCGACAAGGUUGGACUACGGCACGGGCCACGAACUUUCAUUUAUGGCCACCGUCAUAGCACUGGAUCUGCUGGGAAUGUUCCCGCACAUGAGGGGCACCGACGUGUUUUUGCUGUUUAACAAGUACUACACUAUCAUGAGGAGAUUGAUCCUGACGUAUACGCUGGAGCCCGCUGGGUCGCAUGGCGUGUGGGGGCUCGACGACCAUUUCCACCUGGUGUACAUCUUGGGCUCGUCUCAAUGGCAGCUGCUUGAUACGCAAGCCCCCUUGCAACCGAGAGAAGUACUGGAUAAGUCGCUGGCUCGCGAGUAUAAGGACACCAACUUCUACUGCCAAGGCAUAAACUUCAUUAACGAGGUGAAAAUGGGGCCCUUUGAAGAGCAUUCGCCCAUCCUAUAUGAUAUUGCGGUCACCGUACCACGCUGGUCUAAAGUGUGUAAAGGGCUGUUGAAAAUGUAUUCUGUAGAGGUUCUGAAGAAGUUUCCGGUGGUGCAACAUUUCUGGUUUGGCACAGGCUUCUUUCCUUGGGUCAACAUCCAAAACGGCACUGAUCUGCCUGUUUUUGAAGAAAAGGAGGAAGAGACUAUACAGCAAGCGAAUGCGGGAUCGCCAGGUCAAGAACACACUUCAACACGAUUCCCAGCGUCCACGUCGAUGCCUCCUCCAGGUGCUCCGCCUUCUGGUAGCAAUAUCAACUAUUUACUAAGCCACCAAAAUUAUUCGCACAGGAACAAGACUUCCUCCUCAAGAGAUAGACUACGUAAAUAA